AUGGUCGCGCCAGCUGUUCCCGAAAUCUAUGAGGAGGAGGACAACAUCUUCGCCGCCGUUGAUGCACGCUCCGAGUCCCUCCAGAAUCUCCGGGAAUUAGGUCCACCCGAUUUGGUUUAUCUGGUCAAGCAACCCAAGACCAACGCCCAUCACCAGACUGGCGUUUACCACCAUGUCACCGGCGUCGAUGCCUCUUCCUCCGCCAGCCUAGCCGCCUAUGUAAAUACGCUCACCUUCUCCCCGCUGGAUAAAACACACAAGGUGGUUUCGGGGAUCUAUUGCUGCUACAAUGCCUUCUCCCACCUGGAUAUGCGCGUCGAAGUCAAAAUCCCCGGUACGCUGGAAAGCUACUGCAUCGAUGAACGCGGAGAUAAGCGAGUUGCGACAGAAGCCCUCUGGCUGGAGACUUUCCUGUGCGGUAUCCUGCGAGCCUAUUCAUAUGCGGACAAUGGAAGCGGCGAUGCGAUCAGAAAGAUCGUGGGCGUGCGUCGCUUCAACCCGGUGACGAAUACGGAGAUGGAGCACAAGUUCCUGGAUGCUGCGGAGAGACUCUUUUUCUUGGGCAGACAGCUCAGCUCGGAUCCCGAAACACAAGUCCCGAAUACCGUCAGUAACCACCUUACGUCGGGCCUUCUGAAGUAUAUCCAAACAACUGGACGCUACACCUCUGGUAUCAACCUCUUCGAGAAGCUUCGCACACGAGACGUAGAGGUUUCGUCACUCCUUGCACGGGUCCUCGUCAUGGCGGACGAGGAAGUCCAAGCGGUGCGGUUGAUGUUCGACGCCUUGCAAGAUGUUCCCAUGGACUACGCCUUGCUUGACUGCCAGGCCUCGUUCUGUCAGGGCAAAGGCGAGGGAGAGAUGGCUCUGGAGUGCGCGAAGCGGGCUGUAACCGCUGCGCCCAGCGAAUUUAGCACAUGGGCACGUCUGGCCGAGGUUUACGUCGGCCUUGAGCAAUGGGACCUGGCCUUGCUGACCCUGAACUCUUGCCCCAUGUUCACGUACCAAGACAAAGACACGCCUCGCAUGCCCCAGCCAUCCCGCAUCAUGCUUCCGAUCCUCGCUGAGAGUAUGCUAGACGAGAUCGACGAGGGACAGCCGAAGCAGGGCGAUCCCCAUGACUACGUCCACCCGUCUUUGCGCAGGCUCCACGCCGCUUCCUAUCAGGGAACCUUCCUCAAGGCGUACAAUCUCCUCACCAAGAUUGCGGCUGCUAUCGGCUGGGACCAGCUUCUUAAAAUCCGCAGCGAAGUGUUUGUCAUGGAAGAGGAAUAUCGCGUUGAGCGCCAGCAAUCCACUUCGAAACCCUCGCCUUCGUCCGAGAGCAUAUCGGACGAGCCCAAUGGAAACAGCGAGCAGGAGAACGGUCCGACGCCAGAGGACGCCACAAACGGCACCGAGGAAGAGCCGGAACACUCCAUUGAGAAACCGGAGCAAUCAAUGGCGUCGGAAGUGGUCAAAUCCGGCAACGAAGACCCCGACACCUCGCACUCAGCCUACACACAGUUCCGCAACAAGCGCCUGUGCGAGAGAUGGCUCGACAACCUAUUCAUGGUCCUCUACGAAGACCUCCGCAUAUACACCAUCUGGCGCACUGAGAUGGCCCAGUACCGGCAACAGGCCAUCGAGUAUAAGAAGUCCGCGACGGAGUGGGAAAUUCUCGGCGAGUUAGCUGAGCGCCUGCAUCACUUCGACGAGGGCAUUGAAGCCUAUCAGCACUGCCUGACCAUCCGUUUCUCCCCCAAAGCCAUGCGGGGUAUUCUCAAGUUGUACGAGAAGAAGAAUGACACGAGAGGAAUGCUAGGCGCCUUGAUCCGUCUUAUCGCUUGGCAGUAUCGCUGGUACUCCGAGUUCUCCCCCGACCUCCUCUACUUGAUCCGCAAACUCAUCGAAGAUGAAGGUGCCGUCAAGGUUCGCAGUAUAGUCCAAGCGACUAAUCUUCCCCAACCCGUCCUCGACCUCACCCACCAAUACUGCCAAUUGUGUGCUACAUUCCGCAGCAGUGGCAGUGACGGCUAG